AUGAGAAUAAAUGUGGAGAAGGAAAAUGAAGAAAAUGGGAAUAUGAAUGUUACAAAGAAUAUAAUUUAUAAUAAUUUUCAAAACAGAGGAUUUCUUAAUAAUUUCAAUUUUCUACAUGAAAAUAUUAGGAAUUUAAAUAAAUCACUAGAAUAUAAUUGUGACAUAUUAAAUAAAAAAUUAGAAUAUGGAAAAUUUCUUGAGAAAAAUAAUUAUAAUAAGGAAAAAAAUAAGAAAAAGUUUAUUAUACAUUUGAUGCCUUCUGAAAAUUCCCAAUUUUAUAUUUUUCUUAAUAAAAAAAAAGAAGAAGUGUUGAAAAAAUAUGGAAAGGAUGAAACAUAUAAAUAUGAUAUUCAUAUUAGUUUAACAGGCUAUUUUUUCUGUGAUAAUGUAAAUGUUUUUUUGAAUACCUUAUAUAUAUAUAUGUUUUAUUAUGUAAAAUUAUAUAAUAUAUUUAAAAAUUUAUCAUUUAACCAUUUGUUUUUUAAUAUUUCCUGUAAUUCUAAUUAUAGUAAUAUUUAUAUAAAAAAAAAUAAAAGUGGUGAUAAAGAAAAGAAAAUAAUUUUUGAAAAAAAAGAAAUCGAAGAAAAAAUAGAUAAAAAGAAAAAAAAUAUUUUAAAUAUGGAAAAUAAUAGCAAUAAAAGUGAUUCCCAUGUUUUAAUAACUAAUGAUGGAUAUGUAAUUAUUCCAAUAUUUUGUGAAUGGAUAAAAAAAAUUUUUGAAAAUUUUAGUUUCUUAAUUAGGAAUAGUAGUUUCAUAUCCCACAAUAAAUACAAGAAUGUAAAUAAGUUAGAAAAUAAUUAUAUUAGUAGAAAUUCAGUAAUUUCAAAAAAUUUAAAAAAAAGGCACAAAAAUGAUAGUAAAUUAUUUUUAGGUAAUUCAUUAAUAAAAAGUAAAUAUCAAAAAGAUACUACCUAUCCAAAUUCAAUAUAUUCAAAUAAUAUAAUUCUUUCUGAUAUAAAAAAUAAUGAAAACAGUUCAUCAUCAUUUAUAAAUUUUGAAGAUAAGCAAACUGAAGAAAAGGCAAAUAAUUCGAACGUAAUAUUUUAUGAUGAUAAUAACAGUAACAAUAGCAAUAGUAAUAGUAAUGGAAAUGUAUUUAAUAAACUUGCACAUAAUUGUAACAUUAAUGAAAAAGAUAAUACUGAUAAUUAUAAUAUAAAUUACAAUAAGUGCCAUAUAGAAAGUAAGAACAGUAAUUAUAAAAAAAUUAAAAGAUUAAAGAAAUGCAGUAAAAAUAACAAUAAUAAUGAUAAAAAGGAAGAAAAAAACAAAAUAAAAUAUAAAUACAAUAAUACUGAAGUAAAGCUUUCAGAAUUUAGAAUAAAAGAAUGUAAUCAUAUAUCAUUAGCUUCUAAUAGAAAUAAUAAAGAAAUACAAAAAGAUAUUGCUUGUAUGUAUAAAGAUUUGAAAUAUUAUUUUUCAAAUUGUUCAUGGGAUAUGGUUAUGUUUGAAUGUGAUGAAAAUCUCUUUCCUCAAGAAAAAGUCAAAAAUAAUUUUUUAAAUGAAAUAUUCAGAUUUAAAAAAUUCGCAGUAUCAUAA